AUGUUUGCAAAACUAAAGAAGAAAAUUGCAGAAGAGACUGCUGUUGCUCAGAGACCAGGAGGUGCUACUAGGAUCCCACGGUCCGUGAGCAAGGAAUCGGUUGCCUCUAUGGGAGCUGACUCCGGAGAUGACUUUGCUUCCGAUGGAAGCAGCUCCAGAGAAGAUCUUUCAUCCCAGCUUUUAAGAAGGAAUGAACAGAUACGGAAGUUGGAGGCCAGACUUUCUGACUAUGCUGAACAGGUCCGAAACCAUCAGAAGAUAAAAGAGAAGCUCGAAAUUGCAUUAGAAAAGCACCAGGAUUCUUCCAUGCGGAAAUUUCAUGAGCAGAAUGAGACAUUCCAAGCCAACAGAGCCAAAAUGGCAGAAGGACUGGCUUUGACAUUAGCCAGAAAGGACCAGGAAUGGUCAGAAAAAGUGGAUCAACUAGAAAAGGAAAACAGGUUUCUCACAGCUCAGCUACAGGAAAUAAAGAACCAGAGUUUGAAUCUUUUCCAAAAGAGAGAUGAAAUGGAUGAAUUAGAGGGGUUCCAGCAGCAGGAACUAAGUAAAGUAAAACACCUGCUUUUAAGAAAAGAAGAAACUCUGGGGAAAAUGGAGCAGGAGUUGGAAGCACGAACCAGAGAACUUAGUCACACCCAGGAGGAGUUAAUGAUCUCCAAUCAGAUGUCUUCAGACUUGAGCCGGAAGUUAGAAGAAUUGCAGAGACACUACUCAACGCUGGAAGAACAGAGAGACCGUGUGACAACUUCAAAAACAGGUGCAGAAAGUAAGAUGCCAGCCCUGGAGCAAAAGGGUCAAGAGCUCCAGCCAUUCAUUCAGCAGCUUUCCAUUGAAUUGCAAAAGGUCACUGCUGAAACUCAAGAGAAAGAAAAACUCAUACAUUUGCAGAAGGUUGCAUCCUUGGAGAAGAGACUUGAACAGAACUUACUGGGGGAAGAGCGUGUGCAAGAACUCUUAAAAGAGAAAACUGUUGCCGAGCAGAAUUUGGAAGAUACCAGGCAGCAGUUGUUGGAAGCCAGAAGCACCCAGGCCAUAGCCAUUGGCAUCCUGGAGACUCGGGUAAAAGAACUAGAGCAGACCCUGCAGGCUUCCGAGGAGAGGUUGAAGCAGAGCAGUGAAGUCAUGGCUUCGCAGGAGGCUCAGAUUCAGGCGCUCUCCCGUGUCAAUGAGGAGGGCAGAUGUGCCCAGCAGCAGGCCCUCACUGUGCAGCAGCAGUGCACAGAACGUGUCCACGUGCUGGAGGCCCAGAUCGCUGCCCUGGAGAGAGAGCAGGAGGCCGACAGGACGGCCAUGGAGCACAAGAUGAGGGAGCUGGAGCAAGAAAACACAGCUCUUAAAGAAAGUAGGAAUGAAUGUGAACGUUCUUUACAGCUUCACCAACUUGAGCUAAAGAAGCUAAAGGAAGAAUGGAGCCAAAGAGAAAUUGUGAGUGUGGCAAUGGCUCAAGCCCUAGAGGAGGUGCGGAAACAAAGAGAAGAGUUCCAGCAACAGGCUGCUAACCUGACAGCCGUCAUAGAUGAGAAAGAACAGAAUCUGCAGGAGAAAACGGAAGUGGUUCUACGGAAAGAGCAGGAGAUUCUCCAGCUGAAAAAAGGUCAUGACUCUGCCCUGCUGCAGAUACACCAGCUGCAGAGUGAGCUGGGGGUCCUGAGGAGUGUGAGGGCAGAGGUGCCCGGGGCAGCUGCUGUACCGGCGGACCUGUGGAGGCUGCCAGGCCACGAGCAGGGGCUGGCACUCUCAGCCCGUGAGCCUCACGUCACCCUAAAGGCCAGGGAGGACCCCAUGUACCAGCUUUCAGCUGCAGAGGGAACACCAAAUGGUGAAGUUGGGACCAUGGAUCCAGGGCAGCUACAGAAGGAGAAACAGGACUUGGAACAACAGCUUAUAGAGAAGAAUAAGAUCAUAAAGCAGAUGCAGCAGAGGAUGCUGGAACUCAGAAAGACUCUGCAGAAGGAACUGAAAAUUAGACCUGAUAAUGAGCUUUUUGAGGUCCGGGAGAAGCCUGGCCCUGAGAUGCCAAACCUGGCCCCGUCUGUCACAAACAACACUGACCUGACUGAUGCUCGUGAGAUCAACUUUGAGUACCUGAAACACGUUGUUCUAAAAUUCAUGUCCUGUCGAGAAUCUGAGGCUUUUCAUCUUAUAAAAGCCGUGUCAGUGUUGCUAAACUUCUCACAAGAGGAGGAAAACAUGCUCAAAGAAACUCUGGAGUAUAAGAUGUCAUGGUUUGGGUCCAGACCAGCUCCCAAGGGCAGCAUCCGGCCAUCUAUCUCAACCCCUCGGAUACCAUGGUCCUAG